AUGACAUCUCUCUCCCUCCUCCUCCCUCUCCACCCCCCACUUCACAACCACCACCAGCAACUUCUUUUCCUCCGUGGACAACGCCGACCUACCUCUUCGUUGCCGCCACUCCGUCAGCAACAACUUCGUCUAACUCCCACUCGCAAUAAAUCCAGCCUUAUCACCGCCGCAGGUUACAUAACAGGUCCGGCCUCGGAUGCAAUCGUCGCCGCUGAGGAUCCGAAGGUAGAGGAAUCAGAUUCCAGUCCCGAACCGGUACAACGGUUUAAUGCCAUAAGUUUGGGCUUGUUGUUGAGGCUUUUGUCCCGCCAUAAGCUUAGAGUUGCAGCUUCGAUCGUUAGCCUCGUAUGCUGUACCACUUGCACUCUUUCAAUGCCGAUUUUAUCCGGCAAGUUUUUUGAGGUACUAAUAGGGGCAAGAUCGGAGCCUUUAUGGCAGCUCCUUAGCAAGGUUGGAGUUCUAUAUACAUUGGAACCGAUUUUCACAGUUAUAUUUGUUGUGAAUAUGAACACGAUUUGGGAGAAGGUUAUGUCUAGCUUAAGAGCUCAAAUAUUUGGCAGCGUUUUGAUUCACAAGGUGGAAUUCUUUGACAGAUACAAGGUUGGCGAACUCACUGCUUUAUUGACAUCUGAUUUGGGUUCUUUUAAGAACAUUGUGAGUGAGAACAUUUCAAGAGAUCGAGGUUUCAGGGCACUAACUGAGGUUGUUGGGACAAUGUGCUUACUGUUUGUUCUUGCCCCUCAACUUGCACCAAUUCUGGGUGUACUUAUGCUUGCUGUAUCUACUUUAGUUGCUGUAUACAAACGAUCAACUGUGAAAGUAUUUAAAGCCUAUGGGUUGACCCAAGCUUCAAUAGCCGAUUGUAUCACUGAAACUUUUUCUGCCAUCCGUACUGUAAGGUCAUUCGGAGGAGAAAAACGUCAAAUGUCAAUGUUUGGCAACCAGGUUCUUUCUUAUCAAAGCAGUGGCAUCAAGCUUGGAGUGUUUAAAUCUAUCAAUGAAUCAAUAACUAGAGUUGCAGUGUAUGUAUCUUUAAUGGCUUUGUAUAUUCUUGGAGGAAACAAAGUGAAAGCGGGUGAGAUGUCAGUGGGAACUGUGGCCUCUUUCAUUGGAUACACUUUCACAUUAACAUUUGCUGUUCAAGGAUUGGUGAACACAAUAGGGGAUCUAAGGGGAGCUUUUGCAGCUACAGAAAGAAUCAACUCUAUCUUAUCUAGCUCAGAAAUCGAUCAAGCCCUAGCUUAUGGUUUACAGAAAGACAUUAAACAAGAAAAAGAGGGAAUAAAUAAUAAUUUAAAUAUGUUUUUGUUAAAUGACCAAAAUGAUAAAAGGGGAUCUCAAAACACAAGGUACAUGUCAUCCUUAACAUCAGGGAACAGUGUUCGUGUUCUUGCACAAUCUGGUGAUAUAUGUCUUGAAGAUGUGCAUUUUUCAUAUCCAUUGAGGCCUGAUGUGGAAGUACUUAAUGGCCUUGAUUUGACUUUAAAAUGUGGAAGUGUUACUGCUUUAGUGGGGUCCAGUGGAGCUGGAAAGAGUACUAUUGUCCAGCUUUUGGCAAGGUUUUAUGAGCCAACUCAAGGCAGGAUAUCAGUUGGAGGAGAAGAUUUAAGAACAUUUGAUAAAAGUGAAUGGGCGCGUGUAGUCUCCAUAGUCAAUCAAGAACCUGUUCUUUUCUCGGUGUCUGUUGGAGAAAACAUCGCGUAUGGCCUUCCGGAUGAAAACGUGUCAAGAGAUGAUGUCAUCGCAGCCGCCAAAGCCGCCAAUGCUCAUGAUUUCAUAAUCUCAUUACCAGAGGGAUAUGAUACUCUGGUUGGUGAAAGAGGAGGAUUGCUAAGCGGGGGUCAAAGACAGAGAGUUGCUAUUGCAAGGGCACUGCUGAAAAACGCUCCUAUAUUGAUACUCGAUGAGGCAACAAGUGCUUUGGAUACAGUGAGUGAGCGAUUAGUCCAAGAUGCCCUUAACCAAUUAAUGAAAGGAAGAACAACAUUAGUGAUUGCUCAUAGAUUAAGCACAGUACAAAAUGCGGACCAAAUUGCCCUUUGUUCUCAAGGCAAAAUUGCUGAGUUGGGGACUCAUUCCGAGUUAUUGGCUAAAAAGGCCGAUUAUGCUUCUCUUGUUUGCUCACAAAGGCUUGCAUUUGAGUGAAAAAAAAAAUAAUAUAUAUAUAUUUUUUUCCGAAAAAAUUGGGAUUAUUAUUAUUAUAUUGGACAUUAAUUCAUAUGAAAAAGUUAUAGUGGUGUUUUAUCGCCAAACAUUUCACCAUUUUUUGACACGAAAAAUAUAUUACUUUUAA